ACUGGCUGUGGCUACAGACAUAUUUGGUGGCACUAAUCCUGAGCAAAGCUGGUAUUUGAUGAGACUGGCAAUUGGAAGAGCGGAGUAAGGAAAAGCAUCGCUCUGUAGAGGUGUUCUGUGAACUGCCAUUGGGAACAGUUUCGUUAAAUAAAGCUGUCAAUGAGAAAGUAUCUCUUGUUCAGACAGGCAGCAGCAUUAUCUGUUGAGGCUGAUACUGCACAUAACUGGGGUGAAUCUCGCACUGGGCAGACCUAUAUAUUUUUGUUCAUGAGUAAAUGAGUAUUGGGGAGGGAGCCGCUUACUACCCUAUUCAGGGAAUGGCUGACAUGAAAUCUGUUCCGGGUGAUGCAUAUUUGUCCUUAGCGCAGUCUUAUGGACAGACCUUCUAUGGAGCUCUCCGAAGUUCUGAAACUGCACGCAGUUAUGAAGGACCGUCAAGCAUGGAUUUCAACCCCAACUCAAGGGACAAAAGCGGUGAAAGCAGUGAUGAUCAGACCGGUGACGAUGAGGACAGCUGUGACCCCAAUAAGAGCAGUUCAUCUCAACUUGGUGUCAAGAAAGCCAAGGAACCUCGCUCACUGAGGCUAAGUAUUAAUGCCAGGGAGAGGAGAAGGAUGCACGAUUUGAAUGAUGCCCUGGACGGACUGAGAUCAGUCAUUCCAUAUGCCCAUAGCCCCUCAGUAAGGAAACUUUCAAAAAUAGCCACCCUUCUCCUAGCCAAGAACUACAUCCUUAUGCAAGCACAGGCACUCGAGGAGAUGAGACGGCUGGUGGCUUACCUAAAUCAGGGGCAGACCAUGGGCUCCUCAAUAAGCAGCACGCUGAACAACACACUUGCUCCAUUUGGACAGUCAUCAGUUUACCACUAUCCUGGCACAACAGUGCCCGGUGCCUCUGACAAGUGCUCAACCUUUCCUGGGAGCAAUUCCAACCUCUGCAAACAUUGUAAUGACAAGCCCUGAGGAGCCAUCCGCCUGAUUGUGAACCCCUCAGGAUUCAGAGGUCCCAUUUACCAAACUCAUGAUGGUCUUCUUAACAUAACCAACGACUUCAUUAGGGACAGUAUAAAUCGUCCUAAAUAAGUCUGUUCUGCAUAGGGAAGAACUCUGAGCUAAGUCAAAUUUUGGUUCCUUCAUAAAUUAUGUGCAUGAACAAAACAGCAAUUAUGGCACAGGGUAACGUUAAAGUUUCUGUUGUCUCAAGAACUGGUGUGAGGCUGUAUGAAGCAAAAUAAAACAAGGAAUAUUUUCA